AUGAUCUUGUGCCAGCAUUGUGAGCCACUGUCGUGGCGACAGACAAGCCGGCACAAGUGCCGGGAGGAGUGGCCGAGCGCAGACGUGGAGCGUGCCUACAACCUGUUCCUGGAUGUGGCGCUACUGCUGGUGCCUCUGCUGCUGAUGGCCGCCGCCUACUCGCUGGUCGUCUCCAAGCUGUGGCGCGGCCUCCGCCGUGAGAUCCGCACCACCUCCUCCACGCCCAGCAGCGAAGUGGCGCCGCCGUCUUCCCCGGGCGGUCGAGCCUCGUGCCUGCGGACGCUGCGCCGCGUCGCCGACCAGCACCAGCACCACAGGCAGAGGGCCAGGCCGCCGCCCGUCGCCGUCUCCCUCGUCAUGCACGAGCGCGCGCGCUGCCUCAAGGGUGAGCAGCUGCCAACGGAGAACGGGGGAACCGUCUGCAGCGUGCUGGGAGGUCGGGCGUCGGCCGAGAACAGCGAGCAUUACCACGACCAGGAGCACGACCAGGAGCACGCUCACGCCCACGCUCACGACCACGACCACGACAGCGGCGAGGCGGCGCCGGGACACGCCCUGCGUCGCCAGGCCAUCCGCUCCAACUACGCACGCAAGAGCAUCGAGGCCAAGCGCAAGGUGAUCCGCAUGCUCUUCGUGGUGGUGGCAGAGUUCUUCGUGUGCUGGACACCACUGCACGUGCUCAACACAUGGUAUCUGUUCAAUCCGGAUGCAGUGUAUGCCUAUGUGGGCCGCACAGGCAUUUCACUGGUGCAGCUGGUGGCAUAUGUGAGCUGCUGCUGCCAUCCCAUCACAUACUGCUUCAUGAACCGACGUUUCCGCGCAGCCUUCCUUGGUGCUUUUCGCUGUCCCCGCCGCAGGAGGAGCACACUGUGCCGCUGGUGGGAGUCAUCAAAUUCUCCAGGACACUCACCUUGCCAGACGCCCACAGCGCGAAUUCGGAAACAAGUCUCGUGCUCAGGUAUUCACAUGGUGCAAAAUGACCAGACGAUGAGAACAAGUACGCAACUCCCGCCAUCACUGUUCCCUGAAGCAAUGACAAAUGAGUAACAGCUACUCAUCUUUAGUGAAACUUCAGUAACAUCUGAUGUUUCUCAAGGCAGCAGUCUCACCUACAUCUCAAUGGA